AAUCGACCCUUCAGUACUCGAACGGAGCCUUUACUGUGUAGCACGCUGUCAAAACCCAAAGCAACAGCAGAGGAGAUCGUUUUUGGUUAAAACUUUGAAUAUCUACUUCUACACGAGGAACAAAUUGAUCAGGUCCCUCUUGAGUCCCUGUUGACAAACGCUGUUUCUGGCAUGGAUGGUGAUGGCGUGGUGAUGGAGGAGGAAGAUGACUGUCCUGAGCUGGUGCCCAUCGACAGGCUGCCUGGUCCUCCUGCAGAGCAGAUACCUGUCACCAUCAUCACCGGCUACCUUGGUGCUGGAAAGACAACACUCCUGAACUAUAUAUUAACGGAACAACACAACAAGCGAAUUGCCGUCAUACUCAAUGAAUUUGGAGAGGGCAGCGCCCUGGAGAAGUCCCUUGCAGUGAGCCACGCAGGAGAGCUGUACGAGGAGUGGCUCGAACUGAGAAAUGGCUGCCUGUGCUGCUCCGUCAAGGACAAUGGUCUUAAAGCCAUCGAGAACCUGAUGCAAAAGAAAGGAAAGUUUGACUACAUCCUGUUGGAAACCACAGGACUUGCUGAUCCAGGAGCUGUGGCCUCCAUGUUCUGGGUCGAUGCAGAGCUCGGCAGUGACAUCUACUUGGAUGGCAUCGUCACUGUCAUCGACGCCAAGUAUGGACUGCAGCAACUAACUGAGGAAAAAGCCGACGGACUCGUUAAUGAAGCAGCCAGGCAGAUCGCUGUCGCUGACCUGACCAUAAUCAACAAGACAGACCUGGUGAAUGAAGAGGAACUGACUCAAAUCCGAGACGCAGUCAGAUCUGUAAAUGGUCUCGUCAAGAUUGUAGAAACACAAAAGUCAAGGGUGGAUCUCUCUGAAGUGCUGGACCUGCAUUCCUUUGACCCUAAAGAUGGAGCAAAUCUAGCAGAGAAGCUCCGGCUUAUGAAAGCCACGAGGCCCCAUCUUGACAAGAGUAUUUUAACUGUGACGUUUGAAGUGGUUGGAGAUCUCCUAGAGGAUGCCUUGAAUGUUUUCAUCCAGGAUCUGCUAUGGGAGAAGAUGUUCAAAAACAAAGAAGGGCAACCUAUGACUGUCAUCCGGUUAAAGGGCAUAGUAUCAAUUGCAGGUAAAGCCCACCAAGUGAUGCUGCAGGGGGUCCAUGAGCUGUAUGAGCUGAAUGAGACACCACAGUUUUGGGAGGAGAACCUGCGGAUCAACCGACUGGUCUUUAUAGGUAGGAACCUGGACAGGGACAUUCUGCAGGAACAGUUCAUCUCUAGAGUGGUGAAAGGAGCAGAGAGGAAGUUGUUGUAAGUUCUUCUCUCCUCUGUGCACUAAAAAACUUUUGAUUCUGGAUCAGAAUCUGUGACUUUGGUCAUCCAUGAAUCUGGGACUUCACUCCUUUCCUACAAGAACAUAAGUCACAUCAGAAGAUGGUUAAGAUCACAGUAAUGGCCCCUAAAAUGUGCACGCCGCACACACACACACACAAAAAGAAGCUCCAAAGGGCCAGAGGUUUAAUCAGUAAAUUGUAUUUUUUACAAAGAGGAGAAUCUGCAAUUUUUGAAAGUUGUGAACCCAAGUUGUGUUGGAAGUUGCAAAUACCGUAUCAAGUGUGGUACUUUGUAAAUGAAAUAACUUCACUCAUGUUUCUGGCUUUUAACAUCCUGGGUUUUUGUUUUUUUAAUUAUUCAAAAUAAAGUUUUUUUUUUUCCUGAACA